GGAGAGAAGGGCCUUUGUGGAUUUCUCCCCCCCCCCCACGCACGCCGCAGCGGCACCGUGUGUGUGUGUGUUCUGCCCCGCUUCCCUCGUUGUUGUGGUUUCGUUUCUCUCGCCAUGUCGGUGAAUAUGGAAGAGCUGAGGCACCAGGUCAUGAUCAACCAGUUCGUGCUGGCCGCGGGCUGCGCGGCCGACCAGGCGAAGCAAUUACUGCAGGCAGCUCACUGGCAGUUCGAGACUGCUUUGAGUGCAUUUUUUCAAGAAACUAACAUUCCCAACAAUCAUCACCACCAUCAAAUGAUGUGCACACCUAGCAAUACUCCAGCCACACCUCCCAACUUCCCGGACGCACUAGCUAUGUUUUCUAAGCUGCGGACCUCAGAGAACCUACAGAGCAGCAACAGCCCCAUCACAUCUAUGGCCUGCUCUCCACCGGGUAACUUCAGCCCCUUUUGGGCCUCCUCACCUCCCAACCACCAACCCGCCUGGAUGCCACCCUCCUCUCCAACCAGCCACAACCUCCACCAUCAUCUCCACCAUCAGCAGCCCAUGUGGCCACCCGGCUCUCAGCAAGGAGGCGCCCAGCAGAAAGCUAUGGCUGCAAUGGAUGGGCAGAGAUAAGACUGGUUAACAUUGAAGUGGGGGGGGGAGGGAAGGCUGG